AACAAAGAUUCACAUAUCAGAGGAAACCAACCGCACACGACAUCUUAUACAUUAAAUCCGACAAAAUGAAGUUUCAGUGUCUUACAAUUAUAGCAGUCUUUAUUUCAGUGACAACUGCUAAAGAAAUCGUUAGAAGGAAUGAAGAUGACUUUAUUGAUAAUUUUUUGGAAAGAUAUGGUUAUAUAGACAAUACGCCUGCUGAGAUCAGUCAUGAUAUGCCGACAUACCCCGAUAAAACAGUCACCAAAAACUUGGCUAUAAUUGAAUUCCAAAGGUUUUAUGGAUUGCCAUUAACUGGAAGAGUGGAUGAGAAGACUAAAGAAAUGAUGCGAAAGCCUCGAUGUGGGGUAACAGAUAUACCUAGAAACAGGAUUGGCCGUCGUUUCAAACGACAACGAAGACCCCAGGGAUAUACUCACCUUCAAGAUAAAUGGCCGAAUUCUCACGUUACCUGGAAAACACUUAAAUAUUCCAGACAGCUUCCUAAACAGAAACAAAGGGAUGCCUUUGUCAGAGCCUUUAAACUAUGGGAGGAUGUUGCUGCUUUAAAUAUACGGGAAACUGCAGCCGAGGCUGACAUGGUAUUAUCUUUUGAGAGACGAACUCACGGUGAUAGUAACCCUUUUGAUGGGAGAGGCAAUACUUUAGCGCACGCUUUCGGUCCAGGAACUUCCCCUUUAUCUGGUGAUAUUCACUUUGAUGAGGAUGAAGACUGGUAUCUUGAUCCUAAUGUAGAUCGUGGAUCCGACCUGUAUGUAGCUGCAGCCCAUGAGUUUGGUCAUUCGUUAGGUCUGGGUCAUUCCAACAAACAAAAUGCUUUGAUGUUCCCGGUUUACAGAAAAAGUAAGGAUUUGAAACUGGAUAUCGAUGAUAUUAUAGGAAUACAAGCUCUAUAUGGAUCUAGACUGGGAUCUGGCGGAACCCGUGGUGGUACCAGGCCUAGACUGGGAUCUGGCGGAACCCGUGGUGGGACCAGAACCAAUGGUGGAGUAUAUCCCCCAAGAACAAGAUUAGCACCAUCGACAACGACAACACCCGCUCCAAAAACAUGUAAUGUUGAUAUUGACCAAAUCGUUGAGGGUGAGUUGGUAUAA